CUUGCCUAAUGCUUUUCAAGAAGGGACACAGCAAUUACUGGAGUUGGAAAGAUGAGGAAAUCAGACAGACGUUCUCCUGGGGAUUCAGCCUGUCCUCUUUCCCCACGGUCUCCUGCUUGGUGCUCAGCUGUUUAUUCCCAUCCAGAACGUGGACAAGCACACGUGCUUCCUCAGUUGCCCUCUUGCACUCGGUCUGUCCCUAGCUAGUGCCCUCAGGAUGCAGUAAUAUGUGCAUGUAUGCACAGGAGCCAGGGCCCAGCGGUGUGUGGCUGUGGUUCUGGGCAGAUCCACAUUUUGGCCGGACUGAGGUCAUUGACAACACCCUCAACCCUGACUUUGUGCGCAAGUUCAUCCUGGAUUACUUCUUCGAAGAGAAACAGAAUCUGCGCUUCGAUCUGUAUGAUGUGGAUUCCAAAAGUCCUGACUUAUCGAAGCAUGAUUUCCUGGGUCAGGCGUUCUGCACGCUGGGAGAAAUCGUUGGCUCUUCGGGAAGCCGCCUGGAGAAGCCGCUGACGAUGGGAGCAUUCACCUUGCAUUCCAGAACCGGGAAGCCCACGCCAUCCGUCUCCAAUGGCGGCAUUCCAGGGAAAAAAUGUGGCACCAUCAUCCUGUCAGCUGAGGAGCUGGGCAAUUGCAGGGAUGUGGCCACAAUGCAGUUCUGUGCCAACAAGCUGGACAAGAAGGACUUCUUUGGGAAAUCUGACCCCUUCAUGGUGUUCUUCAGAAGCAAUGAAGAUGGGACCUUCACCAUCUGCCACAAGACGGAAGUGGUGAAGAACACACUCAACCCUGUGUGGCAGGCAUUCAGCAUCCCUGUGCGAGCGCUGUGCAAUGGAGACUAUGAUAGGACCAUCAAGGUGGAGGUGUAUGAUUGGGACCGGGACGGCAGCCAUGACUUCAUUGGGGAGUUCACAACCAGCUACCGGGAACUGGCACGAGGGCAAAGCCAGUUCAACGUCUAUGAGGUGGUGAAUCCCAGAAAGAAAAUGAAGAAAAAGAAAUACAUUAACUCAGGAACAGUGACGCUGCUCUCAUUCACUGUGGAAUCAGAGUGCACCUUCUUGGAUUAUAUUAAAGGAGGGACGCAGAUCAACUUCACCGUGGCCAUCGACUUCACAGCUUCCAAUGGAAACCCCUCGCAAUCCACUUCCCUGCACUACAUGAACCCCUACCAGCUCAAUGCGUAUGCUAUGGCACUGAAAGCAGUGGGCGAGAUCAUCCAGGACUACGACAGUGACAAGAUGUUUCCUGCACUCGGUUUUGGAGCCAAAAUCCCUCCGGAUGGGCACGUGUCCCACGAGUUCCCACUGAACGGCAAUGCUGACAACCCCUACUGCAACGGUAUAGAGGGCAUCCUGGAAGCCUACCACAAGAGCCUCAAGACGGUCCAGCUGUAUGGCCCCACCAACUUUGCACCGGUGGUUAAUCAUGUGGCCAGGUAUGCCACGGCUGUCCAGGAUGGUUCCCAGUACUUCGUAUUGCUGAUCAUCACAGAUGGGGUGAUAUCGGACAUGGCCCAGACAAAAGAAGCCAUUGUCAAUGCUGCCAAGCUUCCAAUGUCCAUAAUCAUUGUGGGAGUUGGACAGGCUGAAUUUGAUGCCAUGGUAGAGCUGGAUGGUGAUGACAUCAGAAUCUCAUCCCGGGGGAAGCUCGCUGAGCGAGACAUUGUCCAGUUUGUUCCAUUCCGCGAUUACAUUGACCGCACAGGAAACCAUGUCCUAAGCAUGGCCCGGCUGGCUAAGGACGUCCUGGCUGAGAUUCCAGACCAGUUCAUUUCCUAUAUGAAGGGACGUGGCAUCAAGCCCAACCCGGCUCCUCCUCCAUACACCCCCACUGGCCAUACCCUCCAGACACAGAUCUGAUCGCCAAGAAGCAUUUUUCAAACAACUAGAAAGAAUCCCAGGCAUUUUGUUGUGUCAGCUGUUGACUGCCUCUAGCUGUAUGCCAAGGCAUCCAGAGCUUUCACUGAGGUUCCUCUGUGUACUUUUUUCUCUGGACUUGGCUUCGGGACAGCCAGUCGGUAAAGCCAGUUGUGCUGUAAUGCUGACACAUUAGCGUGCAUCAUUGGAAGGAUUUGUAGGACUGGAGACGCAAGCAACAGGAGGGAAUUUAUUUUAAAAAGACAACCGACAGGCUUCCUUUCCAGUUUGGAAGGGUGAUGGAAGGGAGAGGCAAGAAGUGAGAUCUGAGAGCUGUCCUCCCCAGGGCCCUACUUCACCUGUUUUCUUUUGGGCUCUCAGCAGACCAGCUAUCCUCAAAAAUCGCGGUAGUCUCUCUAUGCCUCUCCUUAAAUUAUUCUAGUAUUUUAUAGCCCAUGCACAAUCCACCUGCCUCCCCCGUUCUGCUGACAGUCCUCAUCCUCUUGCUGUUUGCUGACUUGACUUAUCUAUAUCAACUUGGCAGACUUUUGUUGGUUCCAGACAUCAGGUAAUGUUGUGGGUUUUUUCUCUGCCGCUCUGCCUGGAUACUUUUUCUGACUUGCUAAUAUCUUCUCAUCUUCUAUAAAUCAGCUUUGGCAAGGCCUAUAUGAGUUUGGGAGAUUUGGGGCUUUCCUUGGUUGGUUGGGUUUGUUUUUUUUAAAAUUCAUGGUUUAGGUUGAGCUUUUCCCCCUUGAUACCCACAUCACUUCUUUUUUAGGCUACAUUCGGUAUUUGCAAAGUCCUGGUUUCUGUCUGUGGAGUUGGGAACCUUUUGCCAAAAGGAUGUUACACGUCAGUGUGUCACAACAGUGCUCUGCUACAAGGGGGGAUCAGGAUGGGGUGUGAUUUUGAGCACUGUUACACAGGCGAUUUCAUGGCCGAUCCAAGUGCUGUCUGAAGCACCAAAAUGAAAGGUGAACUUCAUCCCUUACAGUAGGCUGGAGCUCUUGACUACACUGUAUAUAUGCAUUUAAGCAUGGAGAAUUCUGCUCCUCAGUAUUAAGUGGAAAUAUGUCCCUGUGCUAUUAUUCCCACUUUGGCAGUGGUACUCCUGUAGUGUUUGAAUGACCCUCCAUCCUUUUUAUACAGAAUAUUGCAAGGUGAUUCACCACUGCAGAAAACUUUAACAAGGCUACUGAGCAAAGAGGGUGCAGUUAGCCCUUUGACAUGAAACGAAAUCUCAACACUUCCCUAGGCUUUCUCUCCCACUAUGUCUCUUGGGCAGCUUUUUCAGAAUAAAUUUGGUCAUAUGUUUAUCUCCUCUGGUGAUUCCAGAAUUAUAACACACGCUAUGUCUUCUUGAAAGAAGAUAAAAGGGACAGAUGAACCCUAGCUAAGUAAACUCCAUAGGCACCUUAAAGUCUCUAUUCACAGACUUUGGUCCUUGUUUUUGAAUAUCUCAGUAAUUGGCUAGAUAAUUACCAUGAAUGCAUACCAUAUGGAUUACAUGCUACUUAGCAAUGGUCAAUCUGGAUCAUAGUCCUAGGUGCUAUGUUUUAGAAGAAUUCUCCAGUGAGACAAGUAGAGAUUUCACAAGACAAGCAGAUAGGAGGGGUAGGAGAAUCUAGCUCUGAAUAAAGGCAGAUGCAACCCAGCAAACCUGUAUUAGUACUCAGGGUUCAGCAAACCAUAUGAUCCCCAGGCAGCCUAUCACACAUCACAAUCUAUCCUCAUAAUAAGAUUUUUUUAAAAGAUAGGAUCCAAUCCAUGCUUGUAUCUGCAUCAUACUCAAAUGAGAACUAGGGAGCCAUCCGUAGAUCAGUGGGUUCGUUUAAUAUUGACCCGCCUGUCACCAUGAACCUUUAGAUCCUAAACAGUAAGGCACUGGGAGAGAUUAAGCCAACUCUAAUUUUAUCUUCCUUUCACACCAGUUUAACUCCACUGGAGUUAGUCCUAAUUUAUACUACUAGAAGUGGCCUUUGCAUUCUUGACUCAUGACAGCAGUUGCACAACAGUUUCAUUGAUGGAUUUACUGCUGCUGCCUGGUUUUUAGAUUUUGCAAGAGCCAGGCUGCCUAAAGAUGUCUUAAAUUCCUUCAAAAUUGUGUGUGGCUUUCCUGGCAAUUGGGAACCGGCUGAGCCAGCAAGCGGCUCUAUCACUAUAGGAGCUCAGGGCACCCACUAAGUUACCAGCGUAAUGGAGGGCAUCAUGCUCUAUGAACUUACUGGGCUCCAUCAUCCCAAAAAGAGAGGGCGGUCAUAAUUAUGUCACCUUUCUACACCUAUCCACAAUCCCCUUUGCAUUCUCAGCGUACCAGUUAACUUUGCUCACUCAAGAUAAGAACCCCAAAGAGCAGUUAGUGGCUGGUGUGCGUCUCUGCUGCCUACUUCUUUAUGAGCAGGGAUAGUGGGCAAUACUCAGUCAUGCUGCUCUGUACUUGUUUCUGUCUGUGUAUUGAUAUUGGGUGCCAUAUGCCCUUGCAGUUCCAUGCCCAGUUCUGUACAAGUGUAGCUAUGGGGUGAUGCAUGCCUGUGCAGUCCUGUACCCAGUUCUGUAAGUGUACAAACAAGGUGGUGCAUGUCCAUGCUGUACUCCCACCCUGCUCUGUAUGAGUGUGGAUAGCAGAUGAUGUAUAUGAGGUGUGGAUAUAGGGCCAUGCAUGUCCAGUUCUGUAAAACCACAGAUGUUGGGCUGCCUUUUAAGCCCGAUGCCCAUAAGCAUGGAUGUCUGGUAUUGCUGAAAAGAACCUGAGUUCUCCAGGAUGGAUUGUGUGAAUUUCCAGGGGGAAAGGGGCACUGUACAGUCUGCUCCCCAAAUCCGAUUCUUCUUUAUCAGCUACAGAAGGUUUUCUCUGACUUCUGAGAAUUUGCUGCCACCCAGCAUGUUCUUGGGGCUGCUCUGUUCCUUUCUCUCUUUCCCAGCCCCUCAUUCACUUUAUUUUUUAUUUGCAUGGGUGGUGACCUUUAUAUACUUUACACUAUUGUAUUUUGUGUCAAAUGUCUGAUGUGAUCUGGUUUGUAUUGGAUUGCCUUAAACUGGAAUAAACUAUUCUUUUU